CCCAUGUGACUACCUUGAGAGAGGCCCACCCACAAUUUCAUUCACAAAGCCCAUUGUAUUUACAUUAAAUAAUAAUUAUUUUCUUAUUUAAUAUUAAUAUACUGAAAAAGAAAGAAGUGACUAGGCUCUAAUAAGUUUUUAACUAACAACAUAUCCACUUUUCUCCAGAUCAAGUGUGAGAGUAACACACUUAAAAAUGUUCACUAAUUCAGGAGUAGCCUACAUUUUAUUUGUUAGGAUCUGUUAAAUCUUAUGAAGAUUUUACCAGAAAAAAAGGUCACUCGGGUCAUAAUAUGGCUUGAUUACUGUUAACAUAACAUAAACAUUCUAUAACAUUAUUGCAAUUAAAGGAAUAUUUCUCAAAAAUAUUUUUUCACCUUCAUAUUCUUCCAAAGUACUCAUAUUAAAGAACUCAAAAGGACAAAUCCUGAAAACUUUUCCAUGCAAUCACAAUAAAUGCAGAAUAAAGCACCAUAACAGUAUCAUAAAAGUGGUUUGUUGUGUGCUAUAUGAUGGUUUUAUGUGUGUUUCAUAGUACCAAUGUUCGACUCAUGAAUUGAUCAUUGUUUUUAAGUCGGGUGUUUUCAAUGAAAUUAUCUGAAUGAUUUGUUUACAAAUCGGCCUAAUCCAGACAAAUCAGGAAAAACUAUUAUAGUGCUUUAGAAGACUUCAACCAUAGCUGUAUGGACUAAUUUCAUAUAAAUUUUUUGAAACCAGUUUACACCUCAGCUGUUAGGGGGCCACAUCUCCCAUUCUGCAAUUUUAAGAUAUUUCAAUCAACAUUUUUUAAACAUUAUAUGAUAACACCAUAUCAGAAGGACAUGUUUUAGCUUUCAAAAUUAUAUAAAGCAUACUUACAGAAUUUAACAAAAUUUUAAUAACAUUUUAUUCCGUUGUAAGAAAAUUUAAUUCUGGUUAAUACUACGAUUCAAACUCAAGGUUUAUUUUUAUUAGUGUAUAUGCCUAAAAUGUAUAACAUAUAUAUAACAAGAUAUAUAAGAAAGAACAGCUGUCCUGAUGUAGAUGUGCUUGACAUAUGAAGAAACAAAACAGAAACACAACUUGGCCUCUGCUUUAAGCCGGGGGCCGGGAACACACUUAAUGAUUGUAAGGCCGAUUAUGAAUGUAAUUUGAAACUCGCGACUGAUCAUGCCCAAACUCGCCAGAGCCAGUUGCUUUCAGUCAGUGUUUGUUUAAAUUCCAUGUGUAAGUAUUUAAAUCUGCUUCAGUCGAAGGAAACAGUCUUUGUUGAGCUCAGUCUUAGAAUGUUUUAUCUAGUCGUUAAAUGUGUCCUUGGCUUUAGUUAAAUUGCUGAAAAUAACAAAUGUUUUGUCACUGUAAUAUUACUUUGGUCACAAUAACGGAUAUCAAAGGGCAUCCUAAGCUGUCAAUUACUGAAGUUUCGAGAGUGAGUCUUGUUCAGUACACACAUGUAAUGAUCAUUUAAAUGCGGUUGUCACUCCUGAAACUUACAGUAGCCUACAGUGUGUACGUGGCCUCGUUGAGUUUGCCAGGUGCAUUAAACAUUUAUUUUCAUAAAAGUGUUGGUCAGUUUGUCUGCUUGACAAUCCCAUUUUGCAGCAAUAGAAUUGAAGUGAGAUGAACAAACAGAGAAAUGCUCUCUUAAAAAGAGAAAAAUAAGUGAUUAUUUUAAAGAAUAAUAUUAUUUCCAAUAAACUGUUCCCCAAUUAUUUAGACUGAAGUUGACCAUCUUUGUAAAAUCAAAAUUCUUCAUACAUUUUAGGCUGUUUGAAUCUUUUGACAAAUAUCAGUAAAACAACACUUUCUGAGAGAACUGAAGAAAUUUAGACUGCCACAUUCAGAGGGGGGAGUCACCCUCAUGUCUUUCCAAACUGGUAUGAGAUAUUUUAAAGAGAAUGUUGGUAACCAGACAGUUUUGCUUCCCAUUGACUUGUAUAAUUGUAUUGCUGGGAACCAAAACUGUCUGAAUGACUUUUUUUUUUUUUUUAGGCGGACUAUCCGUUUUAUUACAAAUAUGUUGUUUAAGAGCAUUUUUACUGCACAGUAUACUGAAUAUUUCACCAUUUUUGAUCAUUUGUUCUGUUUAGGAGACAGUUAACGCUCACCUAUUACAUUGCCAUAGUUAUUUUACAGGGUGGACUGGGAGGAUUAUGGACCACUCAAGCAUUCUUGAGUUCCAAUGGAUGACAGACCCCUUUCUCUUCAUAGACAUUAUCUUCAAACCAAGGGGACCCCUCAGAUGAGCUUCAGGAGCCACUCAAAGGAAGGGUGGUCUACAGUGACUGAUUACUGAUUAAAGCAAUAACCAUCACACCUGUAUUCAAUUCAGUUCCAUCUGUGCAUUGUUUUCAUGUGAAAAUACAUAAUAAUAAUAAUAAUAAAAAGACAGUAAAGAAACACAAAAACUAAAUGCAUGAACCUUUUGAAUAGCAUCAGAGAAUCUAAAUCUGCACUGAAGAAAUUAAAUGCAUUUUAAAGCUAAUGUUCAAAAAAAAAAAAAAAAGAAAGAAAACGAGAUUUUAAAACAUGAAUUUAAGAAAAGUUUUUGUUUGUUUAUUUAUUUAUUUAUUUUUUACUGUAGGUUACAUCAGAGUGGGCAGGAGAUGGGUUGGUCGGACUGAUCCAGACACUGUAUAAAUGAAAGGAGAGCAAAACAAACAAGAGGAAAUUCACUCAUGGCCUAUGAGACAGAGGAUCAUGAGACUCAAUACUGCUUUCCUGCCAUCAACUCAUCAUGUAUCAAGGGAAAACGCUCCAGACAUGAGUACAGUAUCAUGUAUGUGUUUUUUUCAUUGCUGUCAGCAUGGACUGUGUUUCUGAACCUGCUGGUGAUCAUCUCCAUCUCUCACUUCAAGAAGCUUCACACUCCAACCAACCUGAUUAUUCUCUCUCUGGCUGUGGCUGAUCUUCUAAUGGGACUUGUCAUGCCCAUAGAGGGCAUCAGGCAAAUAGGAACAUGUUGGUACUUCGGAGACACUUUCUGUAGACUGUACAUUAUAAUCCUUGGAUUGCUUUUCUCAGCAUCUCUCAAUAAUUUAAUUUUAAUAGCUGUUGAUCGUUAUGUGGCUGUUUGUCACCCUUUACUGUACCCACAGAAAAUAACCACAACUAAAACUUUAGUGAGCAUCUGUCUGAGCUGGGUUUGUUCCUCAGCUUAUAACACUACCCUUGCAAUUAAUAAUGGAUAUUUUGACACUUCACUCAGAACAAACAUGUGCUAUGGAGAGUGUUCUGUUAUAAUGGGUUUUGCCUGGAAAGUUACUGAUCUGUUCAUGGCUUUUAUUUUUCCUUGUACACUGAUCAUAACUUUAUAUUUGAGGAUAUUUCAUGUUGCACAUCAGCAAGUGAAAGUUAUAAACUCUCUGAUGAAGAGUGGUAAAUGUGUAAUGGAAGGUUCAGUGAGGAGGAAAUCUGAGAGCAAAGCUGCUCUGACAUUAGGAAUCAUUGUAACAAUUUAUCUGCUUUGCUUUAUUCCAUACUAUAUCUGUUCUAUGUCAGUAACCUCUUCCACAACCAUAAGUAUUUUGACAUGGAUUGUGUAUGCAAACUCAGGUCUGAAUCCUCUGGUCUAUGCCUUAUUUUAUCCCUGGUUUAAAAAGACAGUUAAACACAUCUUAACAUUUAAAAUAUUUCAGCCAGCAUCCUCUCUGAUCAAUAUUUUUACAGAACAUCAAUUGUAAUUAAACUGGUAAAGCUGUCACUCAUAAAGGAUAUGAGUAUCUUUGUAGGAUUUCUGUUUAUAAUUUACACUACAUGUAUCUUAAUAGUAUGUAGCUCAUUUCAGAGAGUAUGU